AUGGCGCCGUAUCUGCUCCCGCUGCCCUCCACCGCCCUCCUCGCCCUCCCCGCCCUGCUCAGCGACCCCCACGCGGCGUACACCGCCACCCUCGCAGACGCCACCGCAGCCCGCACCCGCCUCUCCCUCGCGCUCGCAGACCCCAGCCCCCUCCCCGUCCUAGACGCUGUACAGGUGUACCUCCCGUACCUCCAGGGCAUCGUUGCUUGCCUCGAUGCCGACCAACUGCUCUUCAAGGCCGAGCCGGUCUUUCCAUGGCGAGCACCUCUUACCCAAUACAACAUGUCCCCGCCAUUGCUGUCUCUCCCCUCAAUCCACUCUGAGCAUCUCAUGGUCAUCCUGACCUACUCUCUCGCCCUGUCCAACUAUGCCCACUCUAUCCUCCAAUCUCUCCCUGCCUUCGAGAUCCCUGCGGGUAGCAAAUCCAUGCCCCACAUGUCUGCAGAAGACGAGAAACGUACCACUGCAGGACUUGCGAGAGCCGUGGAUCUGCUGUGCCAGGCGAGCGGGGUGGCAGAGUGGGCGUCGGAGAAUGUGUGUCUCAAAGUGGAGCCCGUCAAGAGUGCCAUGGGUGGGAGGCUCGGCAAGAGGCGGUGGCCAGCCGAGAGUAGUCGGGAGACGUUCAAGGCGCUUUCCAUGAUGUCUCUCGCCGACGCCCACCAGACGGCAAUCCGCAAACUCCUCCUCCCCGUCCUCACGUAUACCCUCUUCUCUCCACCCGGUCCCCCUCUUCCGCCCAACCACCCCUCUCCAUCUCUGCAGGCCAAACUCUACCUCCACGUCGACCACCUCUACACCUCUGCCUGCGCUCUCCUCAACGUCAACCAACAACAACCUACUUCGUCCAAGGUGAAUGAGCCGGAUGCGGUUGAGGGCGAGGUGAUACCUCAGCUCAAGCGAUACUUGACGAAAGAAUCUAGCCUGGCACUCGCCUUGGCACACAAAUGGCUCGCCGUUGAUGUUGGCGAAAACUCCAAAGGCGCCAAGAUAGGUGAAGCACUCGCCUGGGUCAAGGACGCCCAGAGCAGGCUGGAAGAGCUUGAAGACGGUAAAGUACGCGAACGUCUCAAAGGUCUGUCUCUGGGCAAGUCGGGAGAGAGAAAAAAGGAAGAGCGAAAGGCGAGAAAGGGCAGGGUGGAGAGAGAGCUGGAAGUGGUCAAAGCGUGGGGCAAGACUUAUCAAAAGAUGAACGAUACGGUUUCGUUUCAAACGGUGCCGCCUGUCUCGUCACUGAUAACACCAUCCGGCAGACCUAUAUUCGGUGCCAAAGCGUUCACACCCCCUCCGAGCAAGUUUGAACCUCGCAGGUCGGGCGACUCGGAUUCAGAUGACGAGGAUGAAGGUGGAGAAGGGGACCCGGCGCGACCGGUCGAGGCAGAGUAUGCGGGCAAGGGCAAUUACUUUUGA